AGCAAAGUGGCGGCGGAGUCAGCCACCCACUAUUAUGUUAAAUUAAUUCAUUAUACAUUGGUCUAACAGCUUAACUUCUGAUUGCUUGACGACAAUAACAGAGUUUUGUACAGGAAAGUAGCUGUUGGCAUGAUGGCAUGUACGUCUGCUCGCUGCGAGGAUGUUGAUGUCUCGUGGUAUGCCUCCAUCGUACACAACUGUAUUCAGGAGGAUAAGCUCAGCAAACUCAAGGCAACACUCAGGAAGUUCUCUAAAGAUCAACGACGCAAAAUUGUCAAUUUCAAAAUCAACGGUAAUGCUGCCCUGUUUAAUGCUUGUCUCAGGGGGAAAGUACACAUCGGCAAUUACAUCCUGGAUGAAUGUGGCGGAGACUAUGAACAGCGUGGAAUUUACGAAGUAGAGAUUGACCAUUCUCGACACGAUGUGACGCCAUUAUGGUGCGCGGCUGUGGCAGGAAAUCUGGAGGUGGUGAAAUCGUUGAUAUCCCACGGUGCCAAUAUAAACAGUCCUUCUGACACAGAGUCGACGCCGGUGCGGUCGGCUUGCUACAUGACAAACAUCUCGGUGGUGAAACUUUUAGUGGACAAUGGUGCGGACAUCCACAAACCAAACAUUAAUGGCGGAACAUGUCUGAUCAACUCGGUUCAAAGCGUUCGUCUGUGUGAGUUUCUAAUAUCGAAAGGUGUCGAUGUGAAUGCGAGGGACAACUCUGGCAACCUUGCCCUGCAUUAUGCUAUAAGGGAGGGUAGAUUGGACACUGUGAUGCUCCUGUUGAGCUGUGGCUCAGAUCACACCGCCAAAAAUGAUUUCGGUGAUGAUGCUUUACAAACGGCGGCAUUGCGAGGAUUUACUAUAAUUGUAGACUAUAUCUUAGAAAAUACUGUCCAGAAUAAAGAAACUGCAAUUCAUUCCUACGAACUCCUUGGUACAAACUUUGUUGAUGAAGUACAUGAUAUUGUCCGUGCUUUGUCAGUGUGGAAAAAAGCCAUGUCCAUGAGAUAUUCGGAUCCAAACAAUAUAAUAAUGAAAGAUCUACCCGUAGCUACCAAUUUUGCAUAUCAGCAUGCGCGAGAACCCACUACUUUGAAGGAAGUUGAGGACAUCAUCGAACCAGAUGAUGUGUACAUGCAGGCUCUACUUAUUCGAGAGAGAGUCAUUGGACCGUUCCACAAGGACACCACCUUCGGGUUGAUGUACAGAGGUGCAGUGUAUGCAGACAGCCAUAGGUAUCAACGAUGUGUGGAUUUGUGGAAAUAUGCUUACAUACUGAGGAACAAGAAGGGGGAACCACUCAACCACGAAUGUUUGUUCACCGUACAGGCUCUCAUCAAGCUCUUUUGGGAGAUGCAGGUGGAGCUAGAAUCUGGAGCGACAGAGGAAAAGGUACAAAUUACAGAUGCAUUUGAAGUAUUUUCAAUACUGAUUCAGCAAAUUGAAGGUGGAAUAAACUUCCUUAAGACAAAUCCUACGAACCCAAGUUCUUCACUUGGCGACUUUCAACUGCUUCUACAGCUCUCCCUACAUGUGGUCCAUCUCAUAUCUCGACUGGAGCCCAAAGAUCAACAGAAAUUUGAAUUCCACAGACUUGUGCACCGACUCGUUACUCUUGACCCACGUGGUCAAGAUAUGGAGAGCUUACUGCACUUGGCGGUGGAUCCAAAGAUCUCGCUGACCAGUGAGGAGUUCUAUUCUCCCUUCCCAUCGUUGGCCGUUGUUCAGACCCUUAUCACCUGCGGGGCCCAGACUAAUGCUGUGGACAAGAAAAGAAACACGCCACUUCACAACAGCAUUAAGUUUCUCACUUACUCGGAACUUCAAAAUGAAGGCAUUCUGGCUUGUUUACUUCAGAACGGUGCUCAUGUGGACAUCUACAACGGGGAAGGAUUAAGUGCCCUGCAGAUGAUGCAAAACCAGGGGCUGCCUGUUCCCCCUCUGCAAUAUCGUACACUAAGGUGUCUAUCGGCAGAGGUCAUCAUGCGCUACAAAAUACCUUAUCACACUGAGGUCCCCGUAUCUCUUUUCCCCUUCAUAGAAAUGCACGGGUAACCGUUGAUCUGGGCCGUUUUCGUUUUUGCGGUCCAAACGGUUAGACCACUUGGACCGGUGUUGUUCGUUUAUGAAAUUAAGACAGACCUGGUGAUUUUAUAUAGUUUUCAGACGAGCCUUGACAAAGACUCCCAAGGCCUGUAUUAACAUUUGAAGGUCCGUCAAGAUAUAUGUUUGAAAUAUUACAUUUAAAAAAUGACGAACCGUUUUGUCCGUAUAAACGAACAGGCCCGUGGUUCCCGGCUACAUUCAGUUGUAUUUGCUCCGACAUAUAUAGUAUAAGCAAUUCAAAACAUGACUAAUUUGCAAUGUUGAGUCUUUCUCACUUGAAACACUUUCAAUGCAAUCUAUGAGGAAAGUUCUAGUAAUUAGGCACCGUCCUAAAUAGUGUGUUUAUUUUUCCAAAUUAAGUCUUCAAAAUUACCGACAUUUUUUAUUUUCUUAUUCUCGACAGCAAUUUUCCCUCUCAUCUUACUUUUAAACUUUGCUUGGCAAAAAUUCACCAUUUUCAGUCGGGUAGCAAACUUCCCAAUAUAUCCUGAAAAAACGGUGAAGGUGGUUUAUAUUCUGAAAUAGAGAUGUAGAAUAAAAUAUUCCCAAGAUAUUCCUUGCUGACAGAGAAACACUACCUUGAUAUAUUGACAGAUGAGGAAUAUGUUAAUUGCAUGCGAGUUGGAUUUAUAUUAUUAUGUGCUUAAUAUUCUGACAUAAACUUGUUUAAUAUAUUUAUAUACAUAUAUGAUAUUCAACAGAAAACUAUCGAAUAUUCUGUACAUUUACAAUUGUAUACAGAAAAGUAUAUACCGGGUAUGUACUGAAAACACAUUUUUAGUGUAUAACGCGGAAUCUAAUAAAAUUAGGUUAAGUACAAGGCUUAGAGUCAAUGAUGAAAACAUUUACCCGAUUGUAGAACAUUAUGGUUGAAAUUCUUAUAGUGUCAUCAUUUUAACUACCUAGAUACAAUAUGUAUUAUCAAUGUUACCAGGGUAUUGUUAUGUUUUAACUGAUAUUCAGGAUUGCAAUAAAUGGAAGUUAAGAAUUGUUUUUCCACUCUAAAAAAUUAAAUGGUUUCUCUUUAUAGCAAGCUUGAAAGUUGAAAAAGAGUGAAUAUGAGUCUAUACUUGAGAAAACCCUUGUUUUCAUUGUUGGAAAAGAGUGAGAGCGAGUCUAAUGUUGAGAAAGUCCAAUAUUUUUACUGUUGUUAGUCUGAAGUUGAAAAAGUUCAUAUUUGCAUUGUUGAGUAUUUUAAAAGUUGAAAAAGUCAGUAUUUUCAAUGUUGAGAUUAAAAGUCUGAAGUUGAGAAAAUCUGAAUAUCUUUGUUACAAGUGUAAUUUUGAGAAAGUCAAUAUUUCUGUUGUUGAGAGCCUGACUUGCCCGAAGUUGAGAAAGUCUGUAUAUUCAGUGUUGUGAAUCUGAAAUCAAGAAUGUCUGUAUUUAAAUUGGUUUAAGUCUGAAAUUGAUUAUGUCUGUUUUUUUCAGUGUUAUAAGUCUGAAAUCAAGAAUGUCUGUAUUUUGAGUGUUGUGAAUCCGAAAUGGAGAAUGUCUGUAUUUUUAUUAUUAUGAGUCAUAAAUUGAGAAUGCCUGUAUUUCAGUGUUGUGAAUCUGAAAUGGAGAAUGUCUGUACUUUCAUUAUUAUGACCUUGAAGUUGAGAAUGUCUGUAUUUUCAGUGUUGUGAAUCUGAAAUGGAGAAUGUCUGUACUUUCAUUAUUAUGAGUCAUAAAUCGAGAAUGUCUGUAUUUUCAAUGUUGUUAAUUUGAAAUGGAGAAUGUCUGUAUUUUCAGUGUUGUGAAUAUGAAAUCGAGAAUGUCUUCAUUGUUAUGACCUUGAAAUUCAGAAUGUCUGUAUUUAAAUUGUUAUAAGUCUGAAAUCGAGAAUGUCUGUAUUUUCAGUGUUGCCAGUCCAUCUUUUCAUUGUUGAGAGCUUUACUUGCCCUAAUUUGAGAAAGUCCACAUUUUCAUUGUUGAGAGUUCGAGCCUCACAUGACCUAAGGUUAGGAAAGUCUGAAUUUGAUUAAGUCCCUAUUUGGCCAGUCUGAUUCGAGCUGAGAAAUUCUAGUUUUCACUGUAACAAGUCUGAUUAGAUGACGAAGCCAUCAAAUUCAUUAUAUAGAGAUCUUCAGAGUCUAGUUAUAUUCAAUAUUUAUUUUGUAUUUUUUUUGUUUAUUUUUAUGUUGUAAUGUGAAUAAGUGCUAUUUGAGACACAUCUACCCAGUUAUGAGUUUUAAAUGUUCCUGCAUCAUUAGAUCAAGCAAGAUCAACUGGUUAUAAUGGCAAACGUCGACAUGUUUUUAUCAGUAUUUUAUCUAGUGUAUCUGGAUGUGUUUGUAUUGGUCUACACGGUCAUCCUGCAUUUCAAUUUUGAGGCAUUGUUACUGAAAGCAGUGAUAGACUGUUUAUACUUCCAAGUCAUACGUAAAAAUGUAUUUGUAAUAAAACAGAAUGUACCUGUGUACAGUCCAGUAUAAUGAUAGUAAUUAAUCAUAAUAUCAAACAUAUUAAUUAGUGCUAAUAAAUUAUUUGUGAUAUUUGUUAA